AUGGCGGCGGCCGCGCUGCUGCUGGGCUUGGCGCUGGCGGCGCCGCGGGCGGUGGGCGCAGCCAUGGGCGCGUGCUACGACGGCGCGGGGCGGCCGCAGCGCUGCCUGCCCGUGUUCGAGAACGCGGCGUUCGGCCGGCGCGCCGAGGCCUCGCACACGUGCGGGAGCCCGCCCGAGGACUUCUGCCCGCACGUGGGCGCGCCGGGCGCGGGGGCGCAGUGCCAGCGCUGCGACGCCGCCGACCCCCUGCGCCACCACAACGCCUCCUACCUCACCGACUUCCACAGCCCGGACGAGAGCACCUGGUGGCAGAGCCCGUCCAUGGCCUUCGGCGUGCAGUACCCCACCUCGGUCAACCUCACGCUGCGCCUGGGCAAGGCCUACGAGAUCACCUACGUGCGGCUCAAGUUCCACACCAGCCGCCCUGAGAGCUUCGCCAUCUACAAGCGCAGCCGCGCCGGCGCCCCCUGGGAGCCCUACCAGUACUACAGCGCCUCGUGCCUCAAGACCUACGGCCGGCCCGAGGGCCACUACCUGCGCCCGGGCCAGGACGAGCGCGUGGCCUUCUGCACCUCCGAGUUCAGCGACAUCUCCCCGCUGAGUGGCGGCAACGUGGCCUUCUCCACCCUGGAGGGCCGGCCCAGCGCCUACAACUUCGAGGACAGCCUGGCGCUGCAGGAGUGGGUCACCAGCACCGAGAUCCUCAUCUCUCUAGACCGGCUCAACACCUUUGGGGACGACAUCUUCAAGGACCCCAAGGUGCUACAGUCCUACUACUACGCCGUGUCUGACUUCUCCGUAGGCGGCAGGUGCAAAUGCAACGGGCACGCCAGCGCGUGCGGCCCCGAUGCCACUGGCCAGCUGGCCUGCCGCUGUCAGCACAACACCACCGGGCCGGACUGCGAGCGCUGCCUGCCUUUCUUCCAGGACCGCCCGUGGGCGCGGGGCACGGCCGAGGCCGCCCACGAGUGUCUGCCCUGUAACUGUAGCGGCCGCUCUGAGGAAUGCACCUUCGACCGUGAGCUCUUCCGCAGCACGGGCCACGGCGGGCGCUGCCGCAACUGCCGUGGCCACACGGCCGGGCCACACUGCGAACACUGCCAGGAGAACUUCUACCGCUGGGACCAGCGGGCCCCGUGCCAGCCCUGUGACUGCCACCCGGCAGGCUCCCUGAGCCUCCAGUGUGACGCCGAGGGCUCCUGCACCUGCAGACCCACCGUGACCGGCUGGAAGUGCGACCGCUGCCUGCCUGGGUUCCACUCGCUCAGCGAGGGAGGCUGCAGACCCUGCACCUGCGAUGCAGCCGGCAGCCUGGGCACCUGUGACCCUCGCAGUGGGCGUUGCCCCUGCAAAGAGAAUGUGGAAGGCAGCCUGUGUGACAGAUGCCGGCCCGGCACGUUUAACCUGCAGCCCCACAACCCCGCCGGCUGUAGCAGCUGCUUCUGCUACGGCCACUCCAAGGUGUGUGCGGCCAGCGCCGGGUUCCAGGUGCACCACAUCCUGUCCGACUUCCGCCAGGGAGCCAAGGGCUGGCGGAGCAGGCGUGUGGGAGGCCCAGAGCGCCCCCCGCGAUGGAGCCCGCAGGGCGUCCUGCUGAGCCUGGAAGAGGAGGAGCUCAUGGCACCAGGGCAGUUCCUGGGAGACCAGCGGCUCAGCUACGGGCAGCCCCUCACGCUGACCUUGCACGUGUCCUCCGGGGGUGCCCCCCCACCCGCCAUGCAGCUGAGUCUGGAAGGGGCGGGCCUGGCCUUGUCUCUGAGGCCCUCCCUGGAUGCUGGGCAGCCAGGGGAGGCACAGCUCAGGUUCCUGUUACAGGAGUCUUCUGAGGACACGCACCCUCCGCUGCCCGCCUUCCACUUCCAGCGGCUCCUGGCCAACCUGACCGCUCUGCGCAUCCAGGCCAACGUCACAGCUCCACGCCCCCAGCUCUCUGGCCAGGUGCUCCUGGCUGAGGUCCGGCUCACGUCAGCCCAGCCCCAGCGCGGGCCCUUCCCCGCAGCCUCCUGGGUGGAGACUUGCACGUGUCCCCAGGGGUACACAGGCCAGUUCUGUGAAUCCUGUGCCCCAGGCUACAAGAGGGAGACUCCACAAGGUGGUCCCUACGCCAGCUGUGUCCCCUGCACCUGUAACCGGCACGGCUCCUGUGACCCCGACACAGGGAUCUGCCUGUGUGGCCACCACACCGAGGGCCCGUCCUGUGAGCGCUGCUUGCUGGGUUUCUAUGGCAACCCUUUCCGGGGCCAAGCCGACGACUGCCAGCCCUGUCCGUGCCCCGGCCAGUCGGCGUGCACGACCAUCCCAGAGAGUGGGGAGGUGGUGUGUACCCACUGCCCCCCAGGCCAGAGAGGGCGGCGCUGUGAGAUCUGUGCCGAUGGCUUUUACGGGGACCCGCUGGGGCGCUCUGGCCAGGCCCAGCCCUGCCGCCGAUGCCAGUGCAGCGGCAACGUGGACCCCAACGCCGUAGGAAACUGUGACCCGCUGUCAGGUCUCUGCCUGCGCUGCCUGUACAACACGACGGGCGACCGCUGUGAGCGCUGCCAGGCGGGCUUCUACGGGAACGCCCUGGCCCCCCGGCCCGCGGACAGAUGCACGCCCUGCAGCUGCAACCCCGGGGGCUCAGUCAGCAAGCAGACGCCCUGCGACCCCGUGACCGGCCAGUGCCCCUGCCUGCCUCACGUGUCUGGACGAAACUGCAGCCGCUGCCUCCCUGGCUUCUACGGCCUCCAGCCCGGGAGCGGCUGCCGGAGCUGCAAAUGCCACCCGCUGGGCUCCCAGGAAGACCGGUGCCAUCCAGAGACUGGGCAGUGCCCCUGCCGCCCGGGCGUCACAGGCCUGGCCUGCGACAGAUGCCAGCUGGGUUUCUUUGGCUUCUCCAUCAAGGGCUGCCGUGCCUGCAGGUGCUCGCCGCUGGGCGCCGUCUCGGCCCAGUGCCACGAGAACAGCACGUGCACCUGCAGACCUGGUUUCGUGGGCUACAAGUGUGACCGCUGUCGCGACAACUUCUUCCUCACGGCUGACGGCACCCAGUGCCAGGAGUGCCCAUCCUGCUACGGCCUGGUGCGGGACGAGGCAGCCACGCUGAAGGCCAGGCUGACCUUGAUGGAGGGGUGGCUGCAGGAGUCUGACUGUGGCAGUCCCUGGGGGCCGCUGGACAUUCUACAGGGAGAGUCACCACGUGGGGAUGUCUACCAGAGGGGCCCCUUGCUGCAAGGGGCCCAGGAGGCCUUCCUGGAGCAGAUGGUUGGCCUCAAGGGAGCUGUGAAGGCUGCCCAGGCGCGGCUGCAGGUGCUGAGCAGGAGUGCGCGCUGUGGCCAGGAUGGAGCUCGGAAGCCCUGCGUCCAGCUGGCCGACCUGGAGGCGGUCCUGGGGUCCUCGCACGAGGAGAUCGCCCACGCGGCCACCGUUCUCACGUCUCUGGUGAUUCCCCAGGAGGGGCCCAGCCAGCCUACCAACUGGAGCCUUCUGGCCACAGAGGCCCGAGCCCUUGCCCGGAGCCACAGAGACACUGCCGCCAAGAUCAAAGCUGCCGCUCGGAGGGCCCUCCUGGCCUCCAACGCCAGUGACGCGCUUCUCUGGAAUCUGGUGGACGGGAGGUUGGCCCUGGAGACCCAGCAGGAGCUGGAGGACAGGUACCAGGAGGCCCAGGAGGCCCUGAAAGCGUUGGGCACAGCUGUGGCAGAGGCACUGCCCGAAGCUAGGAGGGUGCUGGCCGCCGUGCAGCAAGUUGGUGCAGAUGCAGCCCCGCGUCUGGCCUCACUGGCCGCCCCUGGAUCACGGCCUCAGAAAUCCCAGGCCAGGGACCUGAGCCGGAAAGUGGGGUCCCUGGAGAAGAUGGUUGCAUCGAGAGAACGCAUGGCCACCAAGGCCACCCGAGCCCUCCGGGCCACUGCCCGAGCCGCGCUGCAGAAGACGGAGACCCUCGUGCAGCUGCGCCAGGAGGCCACAGCCGCCCUGACCCGGGCUUCCUCGUCUGUCCAGGCUGCCACAGUGACUGUCAUGGGAGCCAGGACCCUGCUGGCCGACCUGGAAGGGACGCGGCCACGCUUCCCUCGGCCCCAGGACCAGGCCGCACUGCAGAGGAAGGCAGGCGUGGUCAGGGCCAGGCUCCUCGCCGACGUGACAAAGAAGACCAAGCAGGUGGAGAGGGUGCUGGGGAACGCGGCGUCUGUCUCCUCCACCUCCAAGAAGAAGGGCCGAGAAGCCGAGCUGUUGGCCAAAGAAAACGCCAAGCUCGCCAAGGCCUUGCUGCGGGAAGGCAAGCAGGGCCAGCGCCACGCCAGCCGGCUCGCCAGCCAGACGCAGGCCACGCUCCGACAGGCAUCCCGGCAGGUGCUAACCUCGGCAGCACGCAGACGGGAGCUGCAGGAAGCUGAGCAGGCAGGUGCCGGGCUGAGCGAGAUGGAGCGGCACAUCCGGGAGUCACGCCUGUCCCUGGAGGAGGACAUCAGGGCCUUGUCAGAGCUCCUUGCCGGCCUGGGGUCGCUGGACACCCAUGGCACCCCAGCCCAGGCCCUGAACGAGACCCAGCAGGCCCUGGAGCGCCUGAGGCUGCAGCUGGGCGCGCCGGGGGCGCUGCAGAGGAAACUGCGGCUGUUGGAAGAGGAGUCGGAGCAGCAGGCGCUGGAGAUCCAAGGCUUCGAGAAGGACCUGGCCGAGGUCCGCGCUGACAAGCAGAACUUGGAGGCCAUCCUGCUCAGCCUGCCCGAGAGCUGCGCCAGCCUGCAGUGAGACCCAGGCCCCGGCACACUUCCCCAGGUGUGCACCGCCCGGGAUGUGCACGCCUCCCCACAGGCGUGGAACCUGCCGGUGAUGCUCACGCUCCCUUCCCAGAAUGCCGGAGCCUCCCUGCCUGCUGGCAGGAGUGAGAGCGUGCACAGCCCUUGGUGUACCCACAGCCCCAGGGCCCUAAUAUACACAUUCCCGCUCACAGCCACACGUGAGGGCAUGUCUGUAGGACGCACACAUAUGUUCCACUCCCUCCGUGCGUGUACACAUGUGACCGUCCCCUGUGGGGUUCAGAGCCAGCCAUGCACUAGGCCCCCUGGAUGCUUGGGAGAGUUCUAUUAAAUUCCUGCAGUGCACACCCGGAGAGCAGGCCCCCAGAGCAGGGCGGGCGCCUCGGGAAGCUGAUGGGGCCGGGCUCACAGAUCUGAGGAGGGCUGAGCAGCAGCUGGAGCCCCUCGUCCCACGGCAGGCCUCUGUCCUGCCGCAGCCCCUCCCCCAUCAGCGUGGAGGACCCGGGAAGACAAGACAGGCAGCUCCUAGGAGGGCUGUAGGCAGUGAGAUCGGAGGCCCAGGGGUCCCACCCCUCCCUGCAGGGCUGUUAUUGUCUUGGGAGGCCCCCGCAGAGCCACUGAAGGAGUCACCUGCACUGCGCUCUGUCCUUUCAGCCUAUGAUCCGCCCGAAGAGCCAGGCCCCGAGGGGACUCACAGGCCUCCAGGAGCACGUGUGUGCCCCACUGACCCUGCUGACCCUUGAUUGACACUUGCUGAACCAGCCCUGCAGCCCCACCUGUCACGAGGGAGGCCACGGGGUGUUGGAGGGGUGGCUGCCUUUCCAGCCUGUCCUACACAGGAAUCCUCCUGUGGCCAGGCCCACGCCCAGGCCCACGCCCAGGUGUCCCAGGCAUUUCCUCCUGGCCUGGCCCCUCCCUUUCCAGGGUCUUCUCCCAGCAGACAGCGGGGCCUUGGCACCAGGAAGGCAGGCGCCCCCGCGGGUCCAGCCCCUUCCCACAGCUCCCCCUGCCGCUGUCACGGGGACAGAUGGCGGCUCGGACUGCUUCUG